GACACAUUAAAGUGAUGCACAAAUGUGGCUCGAUGGCUGCCGGACAAAUUCCGAGUAUUAAUUGUGGUUGUAAAGGAAUAAGAACAUGUCUGAGGUGCGAGGCACAGAAGACUAAACAACAUUUACUGCAGAAGAAUGACCUGAUACAUUAUGAUUUCACCUAUGAUCCAGUGUCAAAGACAGCGGUCCGAGAGGAUGAGAGUGGUGCUCGACAGUCUUUUGUGUUUCCUGGAAUAUUUUUGUGGGAGAAUUUUGUGUCAGAAGAUGAAGAGAGAGAGUUGAUCGCCAGAAUGGAUCAAGACGUCUGGAGAGUAUCUCAGUCAGGCCGACGGAAACAGGACUUUGGGCCAAAGGUGAACUUCAAGAAACGGCGUGUCCGCGUGGGAGAUUUCACUGGCCUGCCUGCGAUCAGUCGCCACCUGGUGGACAGGAUGUCAAAGGUACCUCAGUUGGCCUCCUUCAAACCAGUAGAGCAGUGCAACCUAGACUAUGAUGCCAUCAGAGGAUCUGCUAUUGACCCUCACUUGGAUGACAGUUGGCUGUGGGGGGAGCAUCUGGUCACCAUUAACCUGCUCUCGGACACUGUCCUCACCAUGAGUUUAGAUCAAGGCUGGGGAGACAUGGACCGCGGAGAGGUGAGAGUGGCUGUGCAUUUACCAUGCAGAUCAUUGGUUGUACUCUACGGAGAGGCACGUCACCGGUGGAAACAUGCCAUCCACAGAAAAGACAUUCACGGGCGCAGAGUGUGCAGUACCUUCCGGGAACUGUCUGCUGAGUUUCUGCAUGGAGGAGAGCAGGAGAAACUGGGCUCAGAGUUGUUAGAUAUAGCACUGAGCUUCCAGGGUGCGCCUCUGUAAGUUGCCUUUGCUUAGAUAAGUGAAUGUAUGUUCAGUUUUCUUUACACACAACUGUAAAGUGAUUAUUUUUAAUUAUUAAUUUAAAUAAAUGCAUAUUCUUUUUA